AUGAAACCGGCAAGAUCUUUUGGAGAGAGAUUUGUCACCGUUUUGGUGAUCUGUGGGUGCAUUGGAAAAGGCGAGUUGGUGAGUUUUCAGAGGGGAUGUAGGCUAGCAGGCCGCGAGGGAUGCUGGGAAGAUGGCGGCCAGGGGGAGGGGUGCAUGGAAACCUGUGACCAGGACAGAUGUAACGGCGAAACUCUCGGCUACGGCACCUGGGAGAGGGAACCUUUGUUUCAGAUUGCCGGAAGCGACGGUGAAAGAGUCGCCAAAAGCAACGCCAGUGCUCCUGCAAGUCUGUCUUCUCAACUGUUCAGCAUGACAAUCAUGAUAAUUAUGAUAGGAUAUGCGUAUUAGUGUUCACUCGGCUGAUUUUAAAAUAUUGGUCUCAAAGUACAACUGAUUAUUGAAAGUUGUCACAUGUAGUUUAUUACACUGAUAUUAUCAUGUUCAUGUAUUACAAUCACAAUCGUCGACAAAAUAAAACAAGGAGCAACGAACAUAUCGCAUAACGUUAUUCCAGCCAAUAUC